CACUCACUCACACACGCACGCGCACCCACCCGCACCCAAGUAGACUCAGUUUAUUCAUCACAUUCCACGGAUUUCCACGGAUUUAUUGCCAUCACUCUUGCGGAUCACCUCCGACUGAACGCCCGCGGUCGCUUGAGAGGUGAAUGAAGAAGUUGCUUGUUGUCAUGCAGGCUGACUGACCCUGCCUGCGCUCACCCACCUACUCUCUUGUGCAUAAACCAAUAAAAUAAAAAUAAAAAGCACACAGUUCUCAGACAAGUCGAGAUGUCCGACGACGCUGACCCCGCGCUGCCUCUCGCCUCUCCUCGCACAUCGCUGCCAAUGUCCUUCCCCUUCUUGAGGGAGGGCAGCCGGGUGUGGGAGAAGGAGAGGAAGCCUCCCCAGCUUGGGGGAGAGCUUCCCAGCCCGCUGCCCACCAAACGCACGCGCACGUAUUCAGCGACAGUACGAGCCAAAUCAGGUCCCGUCUUCAAAGGUGUGUGUAAGAAAUUCUCCCGCUCUCAGGGUCACGGAUUCAUUCGGCCGUCUCACGGGGGAGAGGACAUCUUUGUGCAUGUCUCGGAUAUCGAGGGAGAAUAUGUGCCAGUGGAAGGAGACGAAGUGACGUACAAGGUGUGUGCCGUUCCACCCAAGAACCAGAAGAUCCAAGCGGUGGAGGUGGUGAUCACCCACCUGAAUCCAGGAACCAAACAUGAGACCUGGUCUGGUCAGAUCAUCAGCUCCUAGGAUUACUUUCAGAUUGUAAAAGGCUUUGUCAGGUGUGAAGGGAGCGAUGGUGUGCAGGCGGGUAAAGAAACGUUACGGAGCUGAAGGUGUGUGAUGUCGUUUUGAGCUAAUUUGACACAGUGAAUGAACAGAAAUGCAGACAGGAAAGUUGUAGCGCUACAUAUUGACUUACUGGCCACAACAUUAGGUACCCUCUAAUGGGAUAACACUCAGUCAAAAAAAUAUUCAUUUACAUUUAAUGCAUAUUUUGUCACUUUUAUGUAACAAAAUACAGUGUUACCCCGAAUACAAGACAUAUUAUACCAAAUAGUUAGAAAAUAAUUUGUCGUCAAUUAAUCAAAGUGUGAACAGCCAUUUGUUUGCAAAGGGAGAACGUGGGAAAGUUGAACCGACAGUGCCAUCAUGUGGCCAAAUGACACCAAGACAACUUUUUGACUUGCGUGGUUUAUAUUUGCAUAUAGGAUGAUGUAGCCUAGGAUACAGCCAUAUUUAUUUGUUUACAUGUGACUAAUUGGUAUCAUCAUUUUUAAUUACUGUAUUGUUUACAUUUUGAGUAUGACAAUGUUUUUUAUUAAUAGCUAGAAAAUAGUCAUCCUAUAUGCACAUAUAAAACGUAUGAUUCAAAAAGUUGUCUUGGUGUCAGUUGGCCACAUGAUCAAUCAAAGUUUAUUUAUGUAGCCCUUCAUCUCUGUGCCCUUAGUGUCUCAAAGGGCACUGUUGGCUCAAGUUUCCCCACCCUCGCCCUCUGCAACCAAAUGGCUGUUCAUGCUUUGAUUAACCGACAACAAGCUUUUUUCCACAAGAAAGUAUAGCGUCAUGUUUCAUUGUCUGUUUACAUUUGCUUUGACAGCGGCUGCCUUACUUACAAUGUGACAACACAAUGCCAAAAUCAUUGUAAAAUAAUAUUUAUCAUAAAUCUGGUUUUACUUCACCGAUUUUCACUAUUCAAACAGCAGUCACAAGACAUUAAAACAAUGUUGAGAACUUAUUGAAUUAGGUCCUGACGUUGAGCAACUCAAACCUAAAGUUGAAACAACAUGCUUUUUGACGACAUUUAAUCAAUGUCGGUUCUGACGUUGAUUUGACCUUUGAAAUGUGGUAAUUUCCCAACCAACAACGUGGAUCCAACGUUGGACAUCAACGUUGUCUCAAUUUACAAAUACAACUAUUUUGCAACCUUGUUUCAAAGUCAGUUUUAAAGGACAUGUAUGUAUAAUCAACGUUGUAUCAAUGUCUUGUGGCUGCUGGGGUGAACUUUAAAGUCAACGCCACCAAUUAUGGUGUGCUUGAAUUUUCCACAUCCCUCUAUCCAUAUUUAUAGUAUUUGUUUUCAUGCGACUAAUUGGUAUCAUCAUUUUUGUAUUGUUUACAUUUGAGUAUGGCAUAGUUGUUGUUUUUUUUACAUUAGCAGAAAAAAACACAACAAAGCACCAUUAAUAAGAGUAGUUGUGCCUUCAUCUCUCCACAGGUGAUUAUUUUCUAUUUUAAUACUGUAGUAACACUGGAAAGUGUGGAAACAAAGCAAUAUUAUUGUAGCGAGCUUCAAAUUUCAACGGCCACAGGGUUUGGGAUUGGAGUAAGGGAAUUUGAAGGCAGAAAGACAGGAAGAAAUUAAAAGUGAAAGAGCAAGUAAAACAAUGACAAAUAAGUAAGUCAGCAGUCCACAAACUGAGGGUUAAGGAAAAUUAAAGGUUAUGAGGUAUUUAUUUUUCCAACAAAUAAAACUAAUAAAUGAGGAUGGUCAGUCAGCCUGCAGAUAUUGUUCUGCUAAUUUGGGAGGUGAGCUUAUUUAUUUAUUUACUUAUUUAUUUAUUGGAAUUUCAGUAUUUUUAGGCUUCCCUUUUAUGCAUUUUAGCAAGCUUGUUUGAAUACAUUUCUGACAAAGGAAAAAACAAUAAUUCUGACUUUUAUUUAAAAUCUGAAGGAGGUGUCCAAAUGAAGUGUUUUGUUGUUUUAAACGGUAUUGUAAAAAAAAAUUAGGAUGUGUUCCAUGUUGCCGUCUUUAAUAAGAUGUUUGUAUGGUCUUUGCAUAUUUAAUUUGUCAAGCAUCACUGACUGUUCAACUGUUGUAACACACUGUAUUGUGUGGAUUUUAUCUGCAGUAUGUUUGUGUUUAAAAGCACCUUUUUAAUAAUCACUGUGACCUUCGAUAAUGUUUGAAUAAAUUAACAGUAUUCAAAUAUA